UAUUCUCAUCUUAAACAUUACAGAUUGUCCAAACACAGAAAAACUUCUGAGAUCCACAAAUUAUUAUAAAGAUGGCGUUUAUUAAAGAGGAGAGAGAAGACGUGAAGAUUGAAGAAACAUUGAGAGUCAAACAAGAAGAUACUGAGGAACAAACAGACCUCAUGCUGCUGAAAGAGGAGCGCAUAGCACCGAAUGAAAAGGAAAAGAAAGAACAAUAUGAGAUUCAUCAUGAUUUUAAAACCGAAGAAGAAUCUUUCAGUAAACCACAGAUUAAAGAGACUUUCUCACAGAAAACAGCUCAUAAAACAGGAACUACGAGUUACGUGACCCCUUCUCACUCUGAAAAGAGUUUCAGUGAACAUGGACACCUUAAAGUCCACACUGGAGGGAAGUCUUACACCUGCCAACUGUGUGGAGUCAGAUUUAUACAUAAAGGAAACCUUACAGUUCACAUGACAGUUCACACUGGAGAAAGGUCUUUCACUUGCCUUAAGUGUGGAAAGAGUUUUGAUCAAAAUAAAAGUCUUAAAGAGCACAUGAGAAUUCACACUGGAGGGAAGCAUAAUGUGUGCCAUCAGUGUGGAAAGAGUUUCCGCCGAAAAGGAUUCCUUAACAAACACAUGACAAUUCACACAAAAGAAAAACUUUAUACAUGCGCUCAGUGUGGAGAGAGUUUCGAACUACAGGUAAGCUUUGAGGAGCACAUGAGAGUUCACACUGGAGGGAAGCCCUUCACCUGCAUACAGUGUGGAAAGAGUUUUACUCAAAAAUCAAACCGUAACAGGCACAUGAGAAAACUACACGGCAUAUUUUCAACACAAACUUGAUCAACAAACAAGGAUUCAUUUUGAGAGAACUGUUUUAUGUCAUUAGUGUGGAAGGGGUUUCUCAGACAGGAAUCAUGUAAUAACGUUACGAUGUGUAGGAAGCUCAGAAGUGAAGACCAGGGGUCUCAUUUAUAAAACUCUACGUAGAUUUCAUUCUAAGAAGUGGGAAGUGGGAAGUCGUGGCCUAAUGGUUAGAGAGUUGGACUCACAAUCGAAAGGUUGUGAGUUCGAGUCACCGAGACAUUAAGGAAAUAAGAGAUACAGACUGUAAUGCCAUUUGUGCCAAACACAUUAAUUUGUAUUGCUUAAAAUUAUACAGUAUCAUGAUGGUUUUGUAAUAAAUAUAUGAAAAUAUCCUUAAGAACAAAACGAUUUAAAAUAGUUCUGAGAUUUAUUUUAGAAUAGAGUUGAUCUCAUGCUUUUACACUGGCCAAAAUAAAUUGUUUUAAAGAAUUCAAAUAAAAUGUAUGUAGUAAUGCUGAAAGUAUUUUAAGAAUGAAAUGUGCAAAUCUGACCAUUUUCUUUGAAUUGUAUCCUUUAAUUACAGUGUUACUUUUUUAAUAAUGUUGUGGAUAUGUCUUCACGUGACAUCAACACCUCUGUGCAGCUGCAGUUGUACAGUAAACUAUUAUGAUUGGACUUAUUCAAACAGGACAAAGUAACGUUUGACCACUGAAUCCAGCAGUGUGGUCAAGUUCACAU